UCGUGUGAAUGUAGGGCGAGUGAGGGGGCAGAGCGAGCUCUCUGGUCUGACUCUUACAUAGCAAGCCCUGCUUUUUUUAGACGCUUCGGUCUUUCUCGUGUCGGGGGCCGUUCCCCGCCGAAAUAUCGGCCGUUACGCUCCCACAGCUGCCUCCCCUUCCGAAAUCCUCCCGAAUCGUAUCGGUUUCGGAUUGUUGCACCAAAAUCGCUGGAGGAGAGCGCCUUCCGGAAGCUGAGCUCUGGUUUUCGAAAAGGAUUUGGCCUGAUUUGUUUCUAAAAUGACGAAUUCCGGUAGUGGAUUGAUCUGAUUCUUUCGGGCGGGAAAUCUGACGUAUGAGCUCGGAGAAUCGGCUGGAAGUCGGUCACGCGAUCUUUGUGUUUAUUUUUACAUUGUCUCUCACUCCUUCUGCCUGCGGGAGAAGUUGCUGAAACGUCAGGUUCCGGCACGGGUUAGGACUGUUUUUACGGCGAAGAGAGGAUCUGAGUCUCUGCCGGGAAUUUUCUGCGGCGGCUGACGUUUGUUGGCCAUUUUUUCCGGCGGAUAAAUCGAUGAAGGCACCGGCGAAUGGAGCGACGGCAAAUCCCUGCGACGGGGAGAGGAAGAGCAUCAACCCGGAGCUGUGGCAUGCGUGCGCCGGACCGCUCGUUACGCUGCCGCCCGUCGGAAGCUACGUGGUCUACUUCCCUCAAGGCCACAGCGAGCAGGUUGCAGCUUCUAUGCAGAAGGAUGCCGAUGCUCACAUCCCAAACUACCCAAAUCUGCCCUCAAAGUUGAUUUGCCUCCUUCACAAUGUCACGUUGCAUGCUGAUGCAGAGACAGAUGAAGUUUAUGCUCAGAUGACACUUCAGCCGGUCAAUACAUAUGAGAAGGAGGCAUUAUUGGCAUCAGAUCUUGCACUCAAGACAACUAAGCCGCAGACGGAGUUUUUCUGUAAGACGCUAACUGCCAGUGAUACUAGCACUCAUGGAGGUUUCUCUGUACCGCGCCGUGCAGCAGAGAAGAUCUUCCCUCCUCUUGACUUUUCAAUGCAACCACCUGCUCAAGAACUGGUCGCUAGAGACUUGCAUGAUAAUGCAUGGACCUUCCGGCAUAUCUACCGAGGUCAGCCAAAGCGGCAUUUACUUACAACUGGUUGGAGUCUAUUCGUGAGUGGAAAGAGGCUGUUUGCUGGUGAUUCUGUCUUAUUUAUUAGAGACGAAAAAUCACAGCUUCUCUUGGGUAUCAGGCGAGCUAACAGGCAGCCUAUGAAUAUGUCGUCAUCGGUUUUAUCAAGUGAUAGUAUGCAUAUUGGGAUUCUAGCAGCAGCUGCCCACGCUGCCGCAAACCACAGCCCCUUCACCGUAUUCUACAAUCCUAGGGCCAGUCCAUCAGAAUUUGUUAUUCCUUUAGCCAAGUACAACAAGGCCAUCUAUGGCAACCAAAUAUCCCUGGGCAUGCGCUUCCGAAUGAUGUUUGAAACUGAAGAGUCGGGAACAAGAAGGUAUAUGGGUACAAUCACUGGCAUCAGUGAUUUAGAUCCUGUGAGGUGGAAAAAUUCGCAGUGGCGUAAUCUACAGGUCGGUUGGGAUGAGUCCACUGCUGGUGAAAGGCGUAAUCGGGUCUCAAUCUGGGAGAUUGAACCUGUGGCAGCUCCAUUUUUCAUCUGCCCGCCGCCAUUUUUCAGAUCAAAGCGCCCCAGACAACCGGGAAUGUCAGAUGACGAGUCGUCCGACAUGGAGGGCCUUUUCAAGAGAGCAAUGCCUUGGCUUGGCGAUGAAAUCUGUAUAAAGGAUCCUCAGUCUCCAAGUUCCCUACUCCCAGGGCUGAGCUUAGUUCAAUGGAUGAACAUGCAGCAAAAUCCUUCACUUGCAAACACAACCAUGCAGCCAGACUGUUUACGCUCACUGACCGGACCUGUGCUCCAAAACCUUGCUGCAACGGAUCUCUCCCGUCAGUUUGGGUUGCAGGCGCAGAUGUUGCAGCAGAACAACUUGCAAUUAGCUUCUACUAGGCCACCUCAACAACCCCAACAACUAGAUCACCUUCCAAAGCUACCUGUCACAUUAAACCAAAUGACCUCUGUUAAUCGGCCACAGCAACAACAAAUGGAUGUCAUUAAUCAGCAGCAAAGGCAGCAUUUGAUGAAUCAGACGCUUGCCCAGAACCAAACUCAAGCCCAGAUUCUACUUCCAAACCACAUUCAACAGCAGCAGCAGCAACCUCAGCAACCGUUGAUCCAGAAUCACCAGCCUCAAACUAACCUCCCCCCAAACCAGCAACAACAACAGCUGAAUGUCAGUAUGAAUCAACAGCACAACCGACUGCCGGUUCAGCACUCUCACCAAGCAGCAAAUCAGCAAUUACAGUUGUCUGAACAUCAGAUUCAGCUGCAACUGUUGCAGAAACUUCAGCAGCAGCAACAGUCAGUCUUGUCACAACCUGCAUUCCAACAGCCUCAAUUGUCCCAACUACAAGAGCAGCAGAGACAACCCCUUGAAGUGCCGCAACAUUUACCAAACCCGAAUUUGCUUUCUCAGCAACAAAUGAUCCCACAGCAGAUGGUGAAGAACACCCAGGUAAGCAUCCCGUUUUCUCAGCCGAUGCAACACCAGCCACAGCAGAAGCUUCAACAGCAAUCAGCCAUGCUGUCCGACCUGCCUGGAUUGGGGUUCCCUCAGCAGCCAUCAACCAAUCUGCUCUCAACUCCUCCCAGCCAUUUAUUGGCAGUGGGAGGAGCUCAGUCAGUAAUAACUGACGAUGUUCCAUCUUGUUCCACAUCACCUUCGACAAACAACUGUUCUGCCCUUCCUCAACCAAUCUUAAACAGAACCCACCGUGGAAUGGUCACAACCGAGGAAAUGGCUCAGUCAGCAGCGACUGUUUUGAGCCCUGGCACUUUGGAAGCCAUGGCUACUGGCACGAAUCUAGCAAAGGAGUUACAGAAAUCUGAUAACCAUAUCAAGCCUUCGAUGCGCAUUUCCAAGAUUAGUCAAGGGCCAGAUGCACAGACACAUUUAAAUGUCCCACAAACAGAUUACUUGGACACAACAUCUUCAGGAACAUCGGUCUGCCUCUCUCACACUGAUGGGCCAUUGCAGCAGAACUUCCCAUUGUCUUCUUUUAAUCCAUCAGCAAUGUUGUUCAGAGAUACGGUCCAAGAUGGUGGGGUUCACACUGAUCCUAGGAAUAAUGUUUUAUUUGGAGUAAACAUUGAUGGACCACUAGGAAUACCGUUGACUCCUGAUCCUUCACUCACAAAGAGCAUGGGAUCAGGGAAGGAUUUCGAGAAUCACCUCUCAUCUGGGGACGUGCUGACCAACUUUGGCAGCUCCAAAGAAAUUCAACCGGAUCUCUCAUCCUCAAUUGUUUCUCAGUCGUUUGGGGUCCCGGAUAUAGCAUUUGAUCCUGGAGUUUCCCUUGAUUCUACUAUCAAUGAUGGUAGCUUCUUGAAUGGAGGUUCAUGGGCACCGGCUCCUCAGUUUCAGCGCUUGCGAACGUUUACCAAGGUAUACAAACGUGGAGCUGUUGGUAGAUCUGUAGAUAUUACCCGUUAUUCGGGCUAUGAAGAGCUUAAACAAGAUCUAGCUCGUAGAUUUGGAAUUGAGGGACAGCUUGAGGAUCGGCAGAGGAUAGGUUGGAAACUGGUUUAUGUGGAUCAUGAGAAUGACGUCCUACUUGUCGGUGAUGACCCAUGGGAAGAGUUCGUGAACUGCGUUCGCAGCAUAAAAAUUUUGUCCCCUCAAGAAGUCCAGCAAAUGAGUCUGGAUGGUGAUCUUGGGAACAAUGUACUUCUGAAUCAGGCAUGUAGCAGUUCAGAUGGUGGCAACACAUGGAAGAACGGAGGCGGCCAGUGUGACCAAAUCUCCGGCAACCCUUCUACUGGGUCACAGGAUCACUAAAAGUGAGAUAGAGCUUUUAGAAUGAUAGGAAAAAAAAAAAAAUCAGUAUAAAAUUAUUAUUCCUGGCCGGAGAAUAUGAGUUCACUUUGAGAUUGAAGUGGCUAAAUGAUCUUUUCAGUCUCCUGGCCUUUCCAAUUGCAGGCAAUUUUCACAUGUAAGACAGUGAUAGAUAAGGAUUUUCCAAUGAAUAGCCAGAGCAACCGACGUAGCAUGGAAUGUAACCAAAAAGAAAAAGAAAAAAAGAAAGAGAAGAGAAUGGGAAGAUGACUACUGAAGAAUGUUUGGAGGGUGGAAGAAUCCAUAUCAAUGGUGAAGAAUGCUGCAUCUGCAACCCUUAAACGCUAGAUGCUUGUUGUAAGAUUGAUUUUUAUAUUUUAGGAGACUUACAGAGAGGCUAAUGCUCGAUAUCUGUAGUAGGGUUGUCCAUGUGUAUAUGUUUUAUGUAAUCUGUAUUGUUGAAUCCUGGGCUGUUUGAUGAAAAGAUAAUUUUUAAUUUC